UGUGUCACUCAUCGUGUAUAGACGUCAUAAAAUGCAUCAACGAUUUGGGAGAUAUAUCAAGGUGCUUUGUAAUCCUAGAUGUGAAUUCAUACUGUUCCUGUUGCUGAUACCGUUAGUCAUCAGUCGUAAUGAUGAAGAAAUCAUAAAACAUAACUUUAUGUCUGCUGAGCAGUUGUUUUGUCCAGAAGUACAAGACAGCAUACAAAAUGUUACAAGCUGCCCACGGAAUGAAGCGGAGUGGUUUACAGCUGGAAAAAGGAAAAAUUGCAGCAAAGGAACUAAAGGCUGCACAGAUGAACUGGUGUAUCAUUGCGUUCCUAAUCAUUAUCAGAACAAAACUGUAGAAGUUUGCGCCCCAUUGAAGUUGAUAGUUUUCGGGCACUGUCCGGAGUACAGCUUUCUUGGAAGAAGAGUUCAAGAAAACUACAACACAGACUGCACACAAUUCGAUGUUCCGUGUCCAUUAUUCUACAAAUCAAACGAAGUUUACAAGUAUCAAGGAUGCUAUGACGUGUUCGAAUCCACAAAUUCCAAAAAUGUUUCUUGGAGUCUGAUCGAAAGCCGGAUUAAAGAUACAGAAAGUAUAAUUCCACAGGACCGGAUUCAUUCCAGUCGAAAUGUUCCAAACGAGAAACGGGAUGACAUCAUUACAAUAGUACUUCCUCUUGUAUGCAGUUUAGCUGCGAUGGUGAUGUGUCUAUUCUUCAUUUGGAUCUGGUGGAGACGUAUCCAGCGCACAUCCAGUUUACUGCUUUUUGUGGCCGAUACGUGUGGUCACAUGGCAUCUUCUCCUAAAAGUUAGAAAAAGUGAAGAAAAUCGUCCAUUUCCAGAUUCCGGAUAGGUUUGAAUAGUACUCAACAUUACAAGAGACCUACAUCCGCCGAUAUGUUUGUAUAUAUUAAAUGCUUGGGAUCAUCAAAUUCAUAUAUAACCAUGAUUUGUAUAGAUAAUUAUUCUUCAUUUCUUAAGUAAUUUGUAGAGCCUAACGUACCUAGCUCUUUAUGAAAAUCCAAUAAACAAUUUCUGCCAAACUAACAUUUACUCGUGUCUAGCUAAAAUUGUUUAUUUAACACACGCCAAACUAACUUUUAGCCCUGCUUGGCAAGGAGAAAUCCUAAAACUGUACAAAACUGAUUGGCCCCUCUCCGAAGAUCAGUUCCCCACAAAAAGUAGACAUCUACGCACUGUAGAUAAAAUUGCUAUCGACAUACCAACUGUGUCUCCCCGUUUGACAACAACCCUAACCUAGGCCUUUUGAACCUUUAAGGUCCUUGUGCAGACGACACAUAGUGAGUGAUACUGUUGCUCGCAGCGCCAAUGUUGGGAUCGUUAUCUAUUUGAUUUACCUGGAUCGAUAAAAAAUUCGCCUGUUGUCUUGAAGGACUUCAAACUGAAUGAUGACGCUAAAUUCUGUGUAAAGGAGCCUAGUGUAGGGUACCUGUAAAGUGCGAAACGAAAUCGAAACGAAACGAAACGAAAUCUACCGAAACGAAACGUAAUAUGUCUAAACGAAACCUACCGAAACGAAACGAAACCCACCGAAACGAAACAGAUUGUAUAAUCGAACUCUUUUAUUUAUAAUAAUUGAAAAUGGUAUGUUAGGCCCCUGUUAAAGUUUACACGUAUAAAUAAAAUUCGCCUAGUGUACUCUACAUUACAUAUUAGGACUGCAGAAACAUCUGAAUAAUGGUGUUUUCCAUUGCGUUCAAUCCUAAAUGUUUGAAAGUACAUUUUUAUGUUUGAUGAUGUGCUGGAAUUUUUUUAAUUUUAUUGUUUUACAAUGCUUAACUAAAAUAUUUCUAAUGGUCAUCCAAAAUUUGAAUAAAUGUUGUUGAGUUAUUAGUGAGAUACAACACUCGCAAUUCUUUGUUAUGUAAACAAGGUUUAUGCAAUGUUUUUGUUUACAUUAGACUGUUUAAUUGAAAAUAGCGUGUUUAAGACAAAAUGAGAUGUGCAAAAAACUAGAAAAUAUUUAAUUGUGUUAAGAAUUCACUUAUGAAUUGGGAAAAAAAUCUGCUUUAAACAGAAUUUUUACUAGUUUUUUAACCCAUGUAAACAAAAACAUGGAGCGAACCUUGUUUACAAAACAAGGAUUUGUGGCCUCUGUAUAUCCCAUAUACCGUGACUACUGACAUUCAAAUUUUUGCUGAUCAUUACUAAUACCUUAGUGAAGUAUUCUAAACAUUAAAAAUCAAAGAAUAGAAUUUGAAAAUUUUCAGCUAAAAUCGUGUUCAUGUCGCUUAAAAGUAAAAUAAGAUUUUUUAAUCAUCUAAUUUUCCUUUGAUAAAAACUGUUUAGGCUAAUUAUGUAUCGCAUAUGGGAAUUUAGAUGACCAUUAGUGUUUAACCUUCUAUAAAUUUUUUUGAAGAUUAAACAUAGAUAAACAUAACAUUACUAACGCAGGUACGUUAAAGGGUUUUUACCACGAUUUUUAUUGCUUGUAAAUUUAUAUGAAAAUGUGGUGUUUUGAAUCGUGCUAUCAUUAUUUUUUCGAUAUAAAGCGUGCUUUAGUGAUUAUUUUGUAUCGAAAGUGCAAAAAGCCAGAUAUGCAUAUUCUCGUUAGAGAUUUUCGCGCCAUUAGUAUGUGACGUCAUACGUGUCAAUCGCGGUGAAGCGAUAAAGCAUGCAAACAUUUAAACAAGUUGUGAACAGCACAUACAGGAGGCUGUUGAUACAAAAUGGAGAGAUUCAACAGUUACAAGUCCCAUUAUAUUGUGUUGUAUAGUAUAUAGCUGUAAUAAUCAGCACAAAAAAGAAGAGCUUCUUUAAUUUUACCAACGAGCCAAGUCGGAGAAAUGUUGUGAGCUUAGAACUAAAUUUAGAAAUACUUCAAACCAACGGAAAACCAUCUUCAAUGACGAGCCAACAUAUUUCAUUCUAACCCAUUUAAUUCAUGAUAUCGACAUUUCUGUUUACAAAUUAAUAGGCUCGUUGUCCUUCAGACUGGACAUAAUCAGAGACUGCCUUCAGAACUCUUAUAGCCUACCAGAUAUUGAGGCAAUUGAAGUCGCCGCGGGUCUGGCAACCACAUAAAUUUCUGUGUAGCAUACUUUUUAUAUAUAUGCAACUUUGAUUUCAUGUGCAACGAUAUAUCCCCCCCCACGCUUGAAGUUUAGAGUAUUGACACCAUGUACGAAAUGACUACACGGUCAAUUUUCCUCUGUCACACACUGGAAUAAAACUGCAACAGUAGCACACUACGCCGCAUAGUUUUAGCGACUUUGUAUACACCGUGUGAAAGGUCAUAAACUAAUAUUAUUGAUAGAAUCGUCUGUUUAAGAAAACGUUUAAAGAAAACUCCAUAGCAUCAGUGCAAUUUGUAAAACAUGGACUAUAUGGUUUCGUGUUUAAAUGUUUAAGAAUUUUUUUCUUGCGUACUACUUUUCCAUUUUCUAUUAAGGUACAGCCGUGAUCUAUUUAUAACAGUCAUGCAAUGACGUCAUACAGAAGCGCAUGUUUGUCAUGUUGUUAUGAUACAAAAUGUUCUCAUUUAAACAACCAAAAAAGUUUUUAAAAGUUAGUAAGCUCUCUCUCUCUCUCUCUCUCUCUCUCUCUCUCUCUCUCUGUGUGUGUAGGACAUAUUUUAAGAAUUACGCAGCUUACAUGCAUAAAUGAUAAAUGGAGCUUGACCUGCCUUAAUAUACCCGCGAAGCAUAAUCAACAUGUGAGCGGCAUUUUGUAACACUAAAGGCAAUUGAGUUGGCUGAAAUAUUGUAUAAAAUCUAAAAGAAAUGACCUAUAUAUCUGCAUUCAUUCCAGAGCAUUCCAUCCAUAACAAUCGGAGGAAGUCUCAUCGACACACCACCUUCUCAAUCAAGACUCAUUCCGAACUGUUUAGUUGUUGAGGAACCGAAACGAACACUGUACAUUUAUUUUUUGAUAUAGUUAAAUAAGAUGCCGGUGAUAACUUCUUUUGUUCGUUGUGAAGUAUAUAUAUCAAUAUUAAUCAUAUAAGUAAUACUAGAGCAAACGAGAGGUCUUCUGUCGGAGCUGUGUGACAUAAAAACCUUGAACUUGACCAUAUGUCCUUGGGUCAGGUCCUAAUGCAGCCUCAGUUAACAUGAAAAUCUGUUGUAAAUGUUGAUUGAGUAUCCUUGAUGUGAACCUGACUCUUGUCGAGUCAGUGUUUUAUACAUUGCCUGUUAAUGUAUUGUGUAAAACGUCACUUCCAGCUUCUUCAUUAAAUGUGUUCAUAGUUUGCAACACGUGUUUUGUGUGAGCUUUACUACAUAAUUGGCCUGUUAACCCAGCUUAUUUACAGUAAGUAUGAAAUCUAAAUGUUUCUUCAUUACUUGAUAUGCCCAGGAUAGGGUUUGUAUUUUCUAAAAAGUUAACUUGACAAUGUGACCAUGGGUCAAGGCCAGGACAUAUUCUUUGAUCAUAUGGAAACUUUUUAUCAGUAUUAAUUUAAAAAACAUUGCCAUUAGUAGAUAUAUAUUUUGUAUAUAGAAAACUAGUGCUUGCUUUCAAGGUUCUUAAUAACAUGACACCAGAAUAUAUGAACGUUUUUAGUUUUGUCAGCCAAGUUAGUUCCAGAACAAAAAGAAGUAGCGGUAGUGGCAUUUUAUAUUUACCAAAAGUUCGAACUGAAUAUUAUAAACGGUCUUUCAAGGUAUCCUCCACAAUUUUAUGGAAUCAGUUGCCCGAGUCUGUCACAUCUAUUACAUCUUUUAAAUCAGCAUAUUUGCAGCAUUAUUUCUCAAAUAAGUGAUAUAUAGAUAUGAUGUAUGUGUUUAUUUUUUCCCCUAGUGAUAUUGUGUGUAUAUUUUAUGUAUAUAUUUUAUUUCCUGUUAUUAUCUCAUUUAUCUGUCAGUGAAUAUGUUUUAUACAGGACCAAACUGUAAACUAGUCAUUUGUACUAAUUGUGCUAUCUAAUCUAAAUAAAAGAAUUUAUAAUUA